AUGUCCGUCUCGAGAAAGGCCUCGAAAAGUGCCCUCGAGCAGAGCGACUGUCACGCAUCCUUUGCGAUGCGCGUGCUAUCGAUGCUGGCCUCGUCGCCAGCCUCGCCGCUUCCGACGACCUGCCAGUCCUGGGAGGCGUCCACGCUGGCCGGCAUCCGCUCGCUUGAGUGCCGCACCACUGCCGUGCCUCCGAUGUCGGCGAACGACGUGAUGGUCAGUGUGAAGGCUGUCGGCUUGAACUUCGCCGACAUCUUCUGCGUGCUCGGCGUAUACGAGGCGGCCAACAAGAUGCUGAGCGACGGCAGCCCGCCCAACUCGGGCGGCACGAGCCAGGCCGCUGGCUCCUUCUGCCCGGGUCUCGAGUUUGCUGGUGAGGCUGUCGCUGUCGGCGCGGCGGUCAAGGACAUCCGAGUGGGCGAGCGCGUGUAUGGCUUCACGCGCUUCGGCGCAUACCGCACCGUCGUCGUGCAGGAGGCCGUCUAUCUCCGCCCCGUGCCGGAGGGCUGGAGCUACGCCGAGGCGGCGGCACUCGUGGCCCAGGGGCUCACGGCGUGGCACGGGCUGGUCGAGCUGGGCAACAUCAAGAGGGGCGCGCGCGUGCUGGUGCACUCGGCGGCGGGCGGCGUGGGCUGCGCCGCCAUGCAGAUUUGCACCUCGCUCGGCUGUCAGUCGACUGGCGUCGUCGGCUCCGAGGGCAAGGCCGCGUGGCUGCAGGAGCGCUUUCCGCAGGCGGAGGUGCUGGUGCGCGGGCCGCAGCGCGGCUACGCGGAGCAAUUGCGGGCGCUUCCUGGCGGCGGGCGCUUCGACUGCGUCCUCGACAGCCUGGGCGGCAAGUACUUUAGUGCCGCGCUGGACAGUCUCGAUCCGAUGGGCCGCAUCAUCCACUUCGGCGCGACGUACUCCUACGGCGGCGCCAAGGAUGGCUGGUGCGGGCUGCGCAAGUGGCUCACGUUCGUGCCGGGCUACCUGAGCCGACCGAUGGUCGACCCGGGCCAGCUGACGCCCACCAACCGCGCCGUCUUCGGCUUCAACAUGAUCUGGCUCACCGACCGCGUUGACUUGCUCACGGCCGAGCUGGACGCCAUGCUGGGCAAGGGCGGCAUGACGAACCGCGCGCCCGCCGUCGGCGCCACCUACCCGUUUGAGCAGCUGCCCGAGGCGCUCGAGUACCUCAACAGCGGCGCGAGCGUCGGCAAGGUAGUGGUCGAAGUCGGCGAGGAAUCCAAGCAGGCAAAAGCUCCUUUCUCGCCGUGA